AUUAGACUUACACUCGCAUCCCUCUCUGUCUCUCCCUGCAUACACCUCUCUGUCCCUCACCGUGUCUCUUUCCAUCCUCAGUCGCGUUUAUUAAACCUAAACAACAUAUUGGGACUGAAUAGAGCCUUUAUCUUGGAGCAACUUUUGCUGCUUUUUUCUUGUUCUCGCUCAUUCUGCACUUUUGUCAUUCAUUCAUUUUCCUCCGCACCUCACACUCUUCCUCUGUAAACUGCUGUCUCGAGCCGAGAGAGAGAGAGAGAGAGAGAGAGAGAGCGAACUUUGGGAGCACGUGACAAUAUCUGGAGCUUCAUUUAUUUAUUAAUUUUUGACCGUUUUAUUUAUUUAUUUAUUCAUCCGCUUAUUUAUUUGCAACUUAUCAACUUUUUAUCAAGGACCUGGACAAAUAUGAAAUUGCUGGGCGAAUCCUCUUCAUCUCUGCUCCUGUCGCUGCUGUUGGCUCAGCUGCAUCUCUUAACGUCGGCCUUCCCUUCCCGGAGAAUUCACACUGAUUUAGACAAUCUGACAAAUCAGACCAGGCACCUUCUCAAGCUGACUCAGGAUCUGCUGAAAGAUCCAGUGUUUGGCACAGAUAUUGAGCACCACAGAUUCAAGUCUCUUCCAGCGAUUAGUAACAGAGUCAGUGACCUUAAUACUCUGGAGUUCAAACCUGCUCUUUCUCAGCUCCAUGCAGACCUAAAGUCCUUUGAGCACCAUUUUGAGUGGCUGAACAGAAUAACACGCAAACAGCUCCACAGCUCAGUACCAAAGCUGACAGACAUGAUCUCCCACAUUAAGAGCCUUAUAAACUCCUUACAGCGUCAGAUGACACGAGCAGAGGCUACCCGGAUCCCCGUCCCCUCUCCCUCGCUCCCACCCAAUCCCUCCUUCCACUGGGAGGUGGUUCAGUCCUCUCAGGAACUCCUGCAGCAGUUCAGGCUCUUCUGUGAUUGGGCCUCACGAGUGUUCCUUACUCUUAAAUCUAGAUCACCAGCAUGAGAAACCUCUAUGGUGUAGUGCAAACAACAGUGGAGAAUAAACGGCCUGGACUCAAAGACCAACUGCAGCCAAUUCCUUGAUCGGCGUGACAGACUGAACCAGUAAGGCAACAGUAGUGAUGAAAUCUACAUGCUGCCUUCUUUAGCCCACUGGCACAUUGCACCAGGAGUUCAAACAUAAAGACUAAUGUCACCUGUCUGGAUAUUGUGGUCUUCAUAUCAGUCUGAGGCCUGAUCAGUGAAAGAGUCUGAUCAUGAACUGCACUCUAGUCGACACCCUGCUUCUGACGCUUCAUUUAACCUUCAUUUGCUUUUCUUUUUUUACAAUUCAUUUUCAGACCUAUUUGUUAUUUAUGUAUUUAUUUAUUUAUUAAUUAGUUAUUUAUUUGAUAUUAUUUAUUUGAUUUAUCGAUAAAUAUGUCAAGCAGAUUAUGUCAACAUUCAGUUAGGAAGUAAAUGUAUUUUUUCUUUCUUUGAUUUCUGUCUGUCAGCUUCUCCUCUACCACAACAAACCACAUUUUAUAACUUCUGUGUCUCUUUUUAAAUGUUUUGUUUUUCUUAUUGUCAUAAUUUCCUUUUCACUGUUACUUAGGUCACAAUACUCUGCCACUAAAUGUAGCAAUAUAUUUGGGAGUUUAAUGUGCUGGAUGAGAGGGAAUAAGCACUGACCUGAACUCUGCUUGUAUUUCUUUUUUGUUGUUCUUUUCAUUUGCACAAUAUAAUGGAGUUUGUUUAAUCCUUUCUGUGAUUUGCAAACAUGUUUUGAUAAAACAAGCAACGCAAGCAAGCAUUCUCGUCCAUGAGAAAGAGACGACCCAAGACUUAAAAUACUGUGUAUUGUGAAACGUUGGUACUGUACAGCAGUACAUACAAGCUCCCGAAUGUAAAUUGGUGUAUACAAUGCAAUUAUGUAUAAUAUACUUUUCUAUAAUAUAAGGUUCAGUGCUUUAUCAAUGUGUUGCAAAAUCAACAUUGUUACAUUCCUCCCUCUUUAUUAAGAUUUUGAUACAGUAUUUACUAUUUAUUGAUAUUAUUGUUGCGGUUAUUAGUAAUUAUGUUUAUAAUAGUUAUUAUUUUCAAAUUAUUUAUUUUCACUCAUCAGAAGUCAAACAUCUGUUUUGUACUUUUAUACUUCUUAUUAUCAUCUCUGUUUAGGUCAGUUUCCAUGUCUGAAGGUUUCUACAGACAUGUGCACUAAAACAUUUAGAAACUGACUUGGGGGCGGUUUCCCGGACAGGGCUUAAAUCUAGUCUCAGACUAAUUUAAAUGGGAGUGUCUUGAUUGAAAACAACUUGCACUGGCAUAUCUUAAAAUAUAUCAGUGCAAUUGUUUUGUCUCGAGAUGCACAUCAUUAAUGUUUCUUUGUAAAAUAUGUAUUUGAAAACGCCUUAAAUAUCCUAGUUUAACUAAGGCCUAGUCCUGGUUUAAAAUAAUCCCUGUCCUGGAAACCGCCCCUUUGUGUUCAACUGUUUGCCUUGUGUUGUGAGAGAGACAAUAAAGAAAU